AUGUGCUUAUCGAGGGAGACAGAGAAAAAGGAGACAGAGAAAAAGGAGACAGAGAAAAAGGAGACAGAAAGGGGACAGAGAGGAGACAGAGAAGAGACAAAAAGGAGACAGAAAGGAGACAGAAAACAGACAGAAGGGAGACAGAGAAGAGAUAGAAAGGAGACAGAGAAGAGACAGAAAGGAGACAGAAAGGAGAGAGGGAGGAGACAGAAAGGAGACAGAAAGGAGACAGAGAAGAAAGAGACAGAAAGGAUAAAGAAAGGAGACAGAGUGGAGGGAGACAUAAAGAAAGAAAGCAAAAAGGAAACAGAGAAUAAGGAGACAGAGAGGGAGACAGAGGAGACAGAGAAGAAAGAGACAGAAAAAAAGGAGACAGAGAAUAAGGAGGCAGAGAAUAAAGAGACAGAAAAGAAGAAGGACACAGAAAGGAGACAAAAGAAAGGAGACAGAGAAUAA